AUGCUGUCGCUACUCGAAGCUCUCCCCAUCGAGCUGGUUGAGCCCAUCGUGACACGGCUUGAAUUCAGCGACAUCGCCUCUCUCCGACUGACGAGUCGCACCAUAGAGGCCAAGGCAUCCAAUGGGUGUUUUGAUUCCUUCCUCAAGCACAAGAAAAUUGAGUUGACGACAAAAACGCUGCAAUUAUUUGUGCAAGCGACCGAACAGGGCCGGCGAGGUUGCCUCCUGCGACAUUGUACCAUCACAGGCAUCGCACGAAGCGAUACUACGGCUCAUGCGGACAGCACGAAGCAUGAGCGUCUUCCAGGCAAGGCCUUCGGCAACCUGAAGCGAUGGUCACCGGAGAGUUCACUUGCCUCGCUAAGCCUCUGCGUCACCGCACGCGUCGAGGAUUCCAAGGGCGGGCUCGUCGAGCCGGGCGAAUUUCGCUCCGGGCGAGAGGUCUGGAAAGCCACGCUGCGCACCUUCCUAGUUGCCAUGGCGGCGCUGCGCGAGUCGCAGCUGCCUGUGACCGAGAAGUUGGAUGUCUUUGGCAGCAUCCGAGGCUGUAGUCUUGCAUGUGAUGCCUUUCUGGCCAACUUUGCACCAGAGUCGACCUUGAGGAGGCAUAUCUUCGGGUCCUCCAUGAGAUUGAUAGUAAGCUUGUCGGCGCCGCCGAAGCUGGACGAGGCUGGGACAGAGCAUGAAUCCGAAUCCGAGUCCGAGGGCGAGAUAACCGCCGCCGAGUUACACGCUCCUCGACCAGCCCAAGAGAGCUGGCAGGCGCAUCGCAUUCUUCAAGAGAUCCUGCAUGUGUUGCCUACUAUGCCAAAACUGGAAAGCCUCGACUUACACUGUUAUCCCCAUUUCAGAGAAUGCAGUCUCCGCGGGAUUCACACGUCGGAAAGCGAUCUUGUCCACUUCCUCUCAGCCAUCCGACCCGCAACAGUCACACUGACCGACGUUCGCCUCAUCUCAGGGACGUAUGGUCCGGUAUUCCAAUACCUAACGAGCAGAGACAGCCCCGUCACAAGCUACCACCUCGACGACGUGCUGGGGACAUCCAAGUUCCGGUACUCGGGCGUCAUCAUGGGGCCCAGCACUCUCUCGCGAGAAGGCGGCCACGUCAAGGAGGUAAUCCCCUAUUGCUUUUCGUCAAGGAGAGUCAUGGGGUCAGGGGAGAGGAAUCGCUGGAGAAGAAGCAAGGCGCAGGAGUUUGGGGGGCCAGACCGGGACGCUUAUGAUUUUGUUAAGCUGAAUUCGGAGGAUGCAACGAUAGUUGCGGACGAUGAUGGCUCGGACAAUGAUUGAUCUCUUUCCUAUACGGUAAUUAGUUACUGGCUGACGUGGAUAGGCUCUCCUUGGCCGAGCACGGCACUUCCUCAUACUCAAGAGUCAACGGAUGAUACAAGCCUUGAGGCGGAAAGAUGGUUUGGCUUAUUCGUGCUUAUUCGUGCUUAUUAUACCUUAACAAACCCUUCUCCUAGG